AUGGAUAGAAACCCUAUCCAUCCACCACUUCCUGCAAGGAAUGACUAUGAGAUCAAGCCUCAGAUCAUAGCAUUGGUUAGACAGAACCAAUUCAAUGGCCUUCCAGCUGAGCAUCCUCUUGAUCACAUAGAAAACUUUGAAGAAAUUUGCAGCACUACAAGAUCCAAUGGAGUCUCUGCUGACUACUUAAGCCGCUUUCAUCAACCACUUCUACACCAAGCAAAGAUCAAUUUCUGUAGGAACAAGAUCUCCAACUUUCGCCAAGCCAACAAUGAAUCUUUCUAUGAGGCGCUAGACCGAUUCAAGGAGUACAUUAGGGACUGCCCUAAUCAUGGUUUCAAUGAGGGAAACCUAUGGAACAUCUUCUAUCGUGGCAUAGACCACAAGUACAAGCUUUCAUUGGACACUGCAAGCAAUGGAAACUUCAUGACCAAGACUGUUGAUGAAGCUAAGGUUCUUAUUGAGAAUCUUGCAGCUAGUGAUUGUAACAACUGUCCUGAUUAUGACCGCUCAAGCCGCACCACUACUAGCUCCCCUGAUUCUUUUCAAAUGACUGAACUCAAGAACAUGAUGGCUCAAGUUCUUAAGGGACAGCUCAAGCAUAUCAAUGCAAUAGAAGGGAUGAGUGAUGCUAAUGAAGACCCAUCAAGAGAAUGCAUGGGAGAUUUCUCUAAUGAAGCCAAUGAAGAAGAUGUGAACUACAUUGGAAACUAUGGGAACAAGGGAUACAAUAAAUCUCUUUCAUAUUUGAUUUCCCCAAUCAAUAAAUCUCUUUCAACAAGGUGA